AGGGGAGUCUUUCACUAUCAGUGUUGGCCUCUCUCUGGUCUCUGCAUUCUAGGUCAGCAGCCAGAUAACAGGCUCUCAAUGAAGACUUUUGUUGAGUUCUAUUUUCGAGCCUUUUCUUUGAAAACUGAACAUACAGAAAUAAAACAUGUCAGUUAUGACUUGCAUAAUAUAAAUCAUUUAUCUGUGACAGUCAACGUAAAUUAAAUGCAUUAAAACAAAUGCGCUGCAGUCAGGAGAUCGGGAAGACCUGGGUUCGAAUCUCUGUGUGGAGUUUGCAUGUUCUCCCUGUGCGUGCAUGGAUUUUCUCUGGGUACUCCGGUUUCCUCUCGCAUUCCAAAAACAAGCAUGUUAGGUUAAUUGGCGACCCUAAAUUGUCCAUAGGUAUGAAUGUGAGCAUAAAUGGUUGUCUAUAUGUGUCCUGCGAUUGGCUGCUUUUGGCCAGGGCCCCCAUUAGACAAUUCCAAGGGCCCCUGCCCCAUAGGUAAUGGUCAUUAAACAACACACAAAUAGUGUUUGGAGGACAAGACAUAUAGUAUAAUGACACCAAUAGACACUUGAUAAUGUUAGUACAUACCUGAUGGACGUAAUAUCCACUUCCCCGUGGGAGAAAAACGAGCUCCAAACUAACUGCAUAGCUUGCUUGUUUUAAAAACAAAAUGUCACUGUGGUAAACAGUCACAUUUGGAAUCCGAAUACGAGAAGAUAGGCGCAUAGCUGCGGACAGCGAGGAUAAGUUUGUGUGGAAAGAUGCAAGAGAAAUCGAACACCAAUAGGUUUGACAAGGGAGUGACCAAACACACUGGCAUCGAUUUGGCGUAACUGUGGCAAGCUGUCAAGCUGAAACCACUGGAGGUUUUACAGACUCGUAUUGAUUAUCGCGGAAAUACGGGACAAAGUGCGUUCCUUAUUGGGUCAAUGUGGGUGUUGUUAACCCUACGUGACACAGCACACAUGCACAUUCAUGUCAUGUCUGUGUUAUCAUGACUUGAAUCUUGAAUCUCGAAUGUCGCCGCCGCAUGGGGAUCAGUUUUUGUGAUUGGCUUUGAAAGGCAUUUAUUGACAUAUGCCGAUCACAUGUUUUUUACGGAAACUGCCUGAUACCAAUCGGUGGCCGAUCUAUUGGAGCGUCCCUUAGAAAAAUAUUAAAGAGGUGAAGCAGAUAUUCUUAGGUGAACUCCUCAACAUCAGCUGGUGAGCUACUGCUGGCUCCCGAGCUACCUGUUGGAGACCCCUGUGAUAUCUUAAAGCUGGACGCACUACCUGUUUAUGUUGAACAACUUCGACACACAACUAGUGUAUCCUAUGAACGUGAUAGCCACUUGUAGCUCUCCCAAUGGGUAAAAAACAAGCUAGCUAACUGCCACCAGAGAGAAAGUCGAGUGAGAUUGAAACGUGAGCAAUCACACACGCUGGCAUAGAUGGGCUUAGACUGUGACACGCUGUUGUCAAUUGACUACACAUUUUACCGACAAUUUUUCAUUCUCUCGAUAAUAAGAAACAAAGUGCGCAUCAACACACAUGCGCAAGUGCCAACAGGGCAGACAGGCGAUUCCAAUGCAUGUUUAUCAAAACAGAGUGCAGUGAAACCUUUUUUAUAUUUUAAAUUGUUUUCGAACUAAUUGUGGACAAUGUGUGCGUAAAUAAAAAGCUAUACAGUGGUGUGAAAAAAUGUUUGCCCCCUUCCUGAUUUCUUUUUUUUUUUUUUUGUGCAUGUGUGUUGCACUUAAAUUUUUCAGAUCAUCAAACAAAUUUAAAUAUUAGUCAAUGGUAGGCUUGUCACGACAACAAAUUUUGCUGGACUAUAAUUGUCCUACAAAUUAUUGUGGAUAAUCGAUAUUAUUGCUAAAAUUUUUUGAGACCAUUUUUUCAUUAAUUAUAUAACACAGGAGCCUUAAACUCGCGUAUUUUGCGGCCCAUGACUAAACAUGGAGGAGUAGUGUAAAUGCUAUAAAAAAUAUUUCUUUUUGAUAUGAUCCUUUAUAUGCCCUGCGAUUGGCUGGCGACCAGUCCAGGGUCUACCCCGCCUGUCGCCCGAAGUCAGCUGGGAUAGGCUCCAGCAUACCCCCGCGACCCUAAUGAGGAAGAAGUGGUAUAGAAAAUGGAUGGAUGGAUGGAUGAUCCUUUAUAUCAUUGAUCUACUUGAGAGACAUGAGAUUUAAAGUUGAGUUUAAAAUAGCUUUCCUGUUUUUCAGACACUGAAACUAAAAUCCUUUUUACACUUAUGUUGCUAAAACAUCCUCAUUCUUUUGUACCAUUGCUCCCAAUACUUCAUGUGGCCCAGCCACAACCAGACCCUAUCUCCAGCGGCCCCCAGGUAAAUUGAGUUUGAGACCCCUGAUGUAGCAUAAUAAUGAGAGUACAUUGUAUCAAAAGCAAUAAACUUUAAUUUCUCAAGAGUAUUUAACAUUGUAAUUGGAAUGUCAAGAGCUUUUAAAUGAAUUAAACAAACAAAAAAGUAACCAAAAAAAAAUCUGUGAAAAUAAAAUGGAUUCUAAAUAAAUACAAAUCACAAUCAUAAGCAAAAACAAAAAAUAGACCCUGUCUCUGUUAAGGGGGGAAAAAACACCCCAAUAAAACACGCACACGUAGUUAUGUAGUGUAUUGUUAAACUAAUGUAGGAGGUAAUUUUUGAGCUGGACCACUGGCGGAAUAAAAUGAAACGUUUUUGAUGUCCUUCAACACGUCUUCUUUCACUCGGUUAUACAGUGCAGGAAUUGCUGUUUUGUGAUGUGUACGUUCUCCCAUGCAAUUGGUACUGUCUGUCAAACAUUUCUGACAUUUCCCGAAAUCUUGUCUUUUCAAUCGUAUUGAAAGGUCUGAGUGUGCACCAUUUUGCAUUACUUUGUUUAUAUUACGAAAUAACUGUCUUUUUUUUCCCAGUUUGGAAAACUGAAAAGGAUGGAUGUGUUUCAGGACUGCUGAAAGUCGAGAGCGGGCGUAUGAUCACAGCGCUUAUGGUCACCACGAGCGUGCUGGAAGCAGUUUUGAACGGCAACGGCACUAUGACACAGACUAUUAUACGAGAGAGAGGACUCUCACCUCGUCUGGGAAUGGGUCUGUUACCUCCAUGGGAAGCAGCACAACAGUGUCCUCUGGAGUCGGGGGGAUUGUUAAUUCUAUUGCUGGCAACACCGGAACAACUGGAGCGGCAGGGUCCGCCACAGGAGGAAAUGGUGGAUCUAUAUCCAGCGGGGUCAGCUUCUAUCGGUCCCACAGCAGGAGUCCGUGUCGCUUUGAGACACCAGACCCUCGUUAUGAGUCUCGAUCAAGAGAAUCCUUUGCUUUGGCCAGUGUGGUUCACAGGGACCUUUACAGAGAGGACAGGGGUCGGCGCAGCGAGCGCUCGUAUCGACACAGUCGCAGCCGGUCUCCACAUUCGACGCAUUCGCGCAACCCUUCUCCUCAGAGACUGGCAAGUCAGGCUAGCAGACCUCCAUGCUCCCACAGCAGGUCGGGGUCUCGCAGCCGAUCCUCCAGUUCAGACUCGGUCAGCAGCACCAGCAGCAGCACCAGUGGCAGUGAUUCCAGCAGUAGCUCAAGCGAUGAAUCUCCUGCACGCUCAGUACAGUCAGCCGCUGUUCCAGCACCAUCAGCAUUUCCUCUAUCAUCCCUUGACAAGGAGGAACCGCGUAAAAGCUUCGGCAUCAAGGUCCAAAAUCUUCCUGUGCGCUCGACAGAUACAAGUCUAAAGGAUGGUUUGUUUCAUGAGUUUAAAAAACAUGGAAAGGUCACAUCUGUACAAAUUCACGGCGCUUCGGAGACUCGCUAUGGACUUGUCUUUUUCCGCCAGCAAGAAGACCAAGAAAAAGCUCUUGGAGCAUCAAAAGGGAAGCUUUUUUUUGGAAUGCAAAUUGAUGUCACCGCCUGGAACGGUCCAGAGACUGAAAGUGAGAAUGAGUUCCGGCCCUUGGAUGAAAGGAUAGAUGAGUUUCAUCCAAAAGCCACACGGACAUUAUUUAUUGGGAAUCUGGAGAAGACCACCACAUAUCAUGAUCUGCUCAACAUCUUUCAGCGCUUUGGAGAAAUUGUGGAUAUCGACAUUAAGAAAGUGAAUGGAGCCCCACAGUAUGCCUUUCUACAAUAUUGUGACAUUGCAAGUGUCUGCAAAGCCAUAAAGAAGAUGGAUGGAGAGUACCUUGGAAACAAUAGACUUAAGCUGGGCUUUGGAAAGAGCAUGCCUACAACUUGUGUCUGGCUUGAUGGAUUAGCAUCAAACACAACGGAGCAGUUUCUUACCCGUCAUUUCUGCCGCUAUGGACAUGUUGUCAAGGUUGUGUUUGACCGAAUGAAAGCAAUGGCCCUUAUCUUGUAUAACAACAUUGAAUAUGCUCAAGCUGCCGUAAAAGACACAAAGGGAUGGAAGAUAGGGGGCACUAAAAUAAAGGUGGACUUUGCCAAUCAGGAGAGUCAAAUGGCUUUCUAUCGUUCAAUGCAAGCAUCUGGCCAGGAUAUUAGAGAUUUUUAUGACAUUCUUUCUGAAAGAAGGGAUGAUAGACGCUCUCAAUAUGAGUUUCAAGCGGAAAGACAAUAUUAUGAAAGUGUACGCACACCAGGGACUUAUGCUGAAGAUUCCCGUCGUAAAUACACAACCAGAAGUCGCGAGUUCUACACCGAAUGGGAUCCAUAUCAAGAAAAUUACUACGACCCGCAAUACUAUGAAGACGCGAGGGAAUAUCGAGAAUACAGAGCCGAUCCAUAUGAGCAAGAUAUUCGUAAAUACAGUUAUUUGCAGCGAGAACGUGAGCGGGAGAGAGAGCGCUUUGAGAGUGAUCGUGGUCGUGACCAUGGGAGGAGAACUAUUGAACGGAGCCAAAGCCCAACUCUUGUUGCCUCUCGUCGCCCUGCAAGCCCCGCAGCAUCCCCUUCCCUUUCCGAAAGGAUACCAAGUGACUCGGAUCGCCAAAUGUGUUGCAGAUCAUCUGAAAGAAGUGGGAGCUGCAGUUCAGUUUCCCCGCCCAGAUUUGAAAAACUUGAAAAGGCACGCACAGAACGAUACAAUAAAACUGACAAAUUUGAAAAGGAUCGUGUGCUUGAAGUUGAAAUGGUCAAUUUGGUGGAAAAGGAAAAGCGGACUGGACGUAAAGAUCGUGGGGACAAGGAAAAAAGUGAAAGACAGCGACUUAAAAAGCUCAAAGUUACUCCACCAAUCAUCCAAACUUGUGAUGCAGAGCCUGAACUUGAUCGACACAUAAACCCUGAGUCUUCUCUUCAAAGUAAAAACAGUAAAAUUCCGAAAGAUGGCUCAAGUAAAGCCAAGUUAGAUCUUCUGCCUUGUGUGGUGCAGCUAACUCGUGUGAAAGAAAAAGAAGGAAAACUGACUGGUCAUGAAAAACAAAUAUUGAGGGGUGGGAGUGACAGUCCUAGACUGGCAUCACCUUCAGCUGACCAAAGAAGUCCUCUCUUCCGCACAGAGUCUACAAAAGGUGAUAUCACUAAACAUGGCAAGGUUGCCAGAGAUAAAAACAUGCAGAGUGUAGUGGAACAUAUGGAUAUGGAUAUGAAAAUCAAGUCUAAAAAACAUGGAAAAUCGGAAAUUAGUUUUGACAGUGGCAUUUCUUUGGAUUUUGAUCGUUUAGCUGCAAGAAAAAGGCGUUUUGAAGACUCUGGCAAAAAUGAUAGCCAGAAGAGAAUUGGUGAGGAGGACCUUGGUAGAUCGAUACUUCAUAAGCCUUGGAAUAAUAAGGACCCAGAGUUUGAUAAGAAUGUUUACAUAAAAAAGAUGCACAAAAAGGAGCAUAAUAGGGAUAAAUCUGUGCAGAUAUUUUCAAUUAACAGUCCUAAUGAGGGACAGGACUUUGAAAAAAACUCCAUAAACUGUUCCCUUCAGCCGCAGUCCCAGCAAGCAGCACUGCCUGAUGAACUUUCAGGACAAUUACACUCUCCCUACCUGAAGAUGGAAUUACUGUGCUCAAAAAGUGAAAAUAUCUCCAGUCUCACAAAAACAUCAAGUUAUGGCAGCCUUGAAUUGGACGAAGACAGUGAGGUUUUGCGGGAAAAGGUACAAAGUGGAAGGAAUUGUAGAGACUCCGAAGAUGAGGAACAGUUUGUACGCAUUGGUCAGACAUAUACUUUGACAAAACAAACUGAAGAGAGUCGAUGGCUUCAAACCAAGCUUUGUGAUCUGGACAAGCGUGACAAGGAUGAUGCUUCACCUAGUAAUGACGCGCAAGACUUUGGAAAGGAGUAUGUCACACAUGAUAUUGCAAAACAAAACCAGGACAUAAACAGUGAUGACCUCUCCUUGUGUAAAAGAAAAGGGAAUGAGACUUUUGACUUGGAAAUAGUUACUUCAAAAAAAGAGCGAAAUUUUGUAACUUCCCAGAAAUUAGAUGAGGAUAUUUUGCAGCGUCUAACAUCCACAACAAUUUCCAUGGAAGAUCAAACCACCCAGAUUUCAACAUCUGUCAGAAACAAAGAAAGUAAGUCACCAUUGACUAAAGAAGAUUUUUCAAACACAGAGUCAUUAAAAAAUAGCUUAGGCCUGAAAAGUAGACUUUUUCACACAUCUGAAACCGAACAACCAAAGCUAAAGACCUCAUUUCUUGGCUGCAAUGAGAAUUUAAUGCACCAUUGGGUAGGAAAGGUUUUAUCUGAUUCUGAAAAAACAGAAAUGACUUUCACAAGUGAGCUUACAAAACACCAAACCAUUGGUAAAUGUCUUGGACAGGAUUUAGAACCAGGAGAAGUACAGUCUGAUUCAGAUGAUGAUGGAGAAAGAAAACCCAUAUCUACCAAGUCCAAUCGUUCCUUGUCUUAUAUUCUCAGGGAACGUGAUGAGAGGAUGACAGAGUUGAAACUUUCUGGUUCAUUGGAAAAGAAUAAAUUUUACUCCUUUGCAUUAGAUAAAACAAUAACCCCUGAUACAAAAGCACUCCUUGAAAGAGCGAAGACGCUUUACUCUUCCCGAGAAGACAACUGGUCCUUUCUUCCAUCUCGCUUUCCAACCACACACAGCUGCUCAGAUAAAAACAAGGUAGAGUUAGCACCCCGUCCAAUACCUUCUUGGUAUAUGAAGAAGAAGAAGAGCCGUGCAAGUUCUGAUGAAAACCUGCAUGGCAAAAAAGAGGAACUUAAGCCUCAGGACCAAGAACGUCAGGAAUUGUUUGCCUCCCGCUUCCUUCAUAGCUCAAUCUUUGAACAGGAUUCUCGCCGUUUGCAGCACCUUGAGCGUAAAGAGCAACAUUCAGAAACUGGAAUUGAUAGAAAUUUUACAAAUCUAGGGGCUCCUUAUGCACAGACUGAAUCUGAAAAUGGUGAUGUUCCACGAGAGCCAAUAGUACUAUUUCGCAGUCGGUUUUUGGAGCUUCAACAGCAAAGGGACAAGGACUAUUGCUCUCUUGAACCUGAGAAUGAUUCAGUCGGAGUGGAGAUUAAACACAAUUAUAUGCCCUGUUUUGAUGAUGUGCUCUCUGAUGAUAAGAUGACUAAUACACAAUCGAAGGUUGAUGAAAAAUCACGCAGUCCCCAUUUUACUUCCAUAUCUGUUUCCCCAUCUCUUCCAUCCCUUAAAGAAAUGUCUCCACCUGAAAAGAAAAACAUUUUCACACAGUCAAUUGAUGAGCAUGUGUCAUGUCAACAAGAAGACAGUGUCGAGCCAGUUCUUGAGAUCUCUCUAUCUCCUCCUGUUCUGGAAAUCUUGAAACCUCUCACUCCUAAGCAAACUAUAACCCCUCCACUUGUACUUUCAGAGCAAGAAAAUAAAGUAGAAACAAAAAUAGAGUCAGUUGAACCCAAAGUAGAACUCAGUGACAGUUUGUCAAUGGAACAGAAUCAUCCUGUGGCGGUUAAGCCUCCAACCCCUGGGAGUUCUGUGAGUAGUGUAGAACGGGAGAAUACAGAUACCAUAGAUACCUGCUUUGAGUAUACAAAGAUGAAAGAUGAAUGUGAUGACAAAAGUGAAUCUAAAACAGAAAUUCAGGAAACGCACCGUUGUGAGGACUCUAAGACAACAGAACUAGACAGUGACGUAAUAAUCCCAGAGCUUGAGGUUGUAAAACCACUACCAAACCGAAGACAGCCGAAGAACAAAAGGGCAAAACCACUUUCUAUGUUACGCACAACAAAGCCUCCUACAAGAGGUAAACCUGCAACACGAAAGAGUGAACGUAUUGAUAGAGAGAAACUGAAAAGGGGCUCAUCUCCCAGAGUGGAAGCACCGAAAGGAGCAGUAGAAUAUAAAACCACAUCAAAGUCCCCAAUGAAUGCGUCAGAUUCUGAACAAAACCUUGAGUCUACUCUGGUUCAUGGCAGAACACGUCGAAGGAACGUGAGGUCAGUCUAUGCCACUGUACAUGAGGGAGAACAGCCUGCCAAAGAGGUAGUUGAGCCAUCACGAACAAUGCGCAAACGUAGUGCUGACAAAGAACCAAUACAGCAAGAUGUUCAAAUUCCAACUACCAACCCUAGACGAGGACGCCCCCCUAAAAGAGGUGUCAAACAAAAAGUUGACAAUACAUUGUUAGUAAAAGUGGAUCAGCAGAAAACAGAGGAUGGUGGUGAGGUUGGUGAAAACUCAACCACUCUGGAAGUUGUGAAAUCAACUGAGGGAUGGCGUUCUCCCAGGACCCAGAAAAUGCAGCAAACUUCAUCAGCUCUCGUUUGUAAAAAAGUCAGCAGAUUGGACAAACAGUGUGGGGGCACUACUGUUCUUGUUGAACUAACUGAUAUGACAAGUGUUGAUGAAUCUGAGCUGAAACUUAAGGAUAGCAAUCUAUUUGGAAAGUUAUCAGAAAAAAUAGACACAAAUUUACAAAUUUGCAAAAAGGAAAAAGACUCUGCCCGUACAUCUACUGAUGGUGAUAUUGAGAACACAAGUGUAACCCUCGCAGACAGGAAACACCCCGAAAAGAGUGUCAAAAUGAAAACACAAAGGUUGAAACGAAAUACCAAGCAGGUCAUUGAAGAUAAGUCCCACACCUUAAGAAAUCUUGAAAUCCGUGUAAGCGUCGAUGAUGUUAAAGGUUUGCUUUGCUCUGAGAAUGAUGACUCAGAGUCAUUUGAAGCCAGCAUUAAGAAAACCAAGACAUUAGUAGAGAAGGAGGAAUCAAAAAUAAUUUGCUUUCCAAAACAGUCAAAGGAGCUUGAUGCGCAAAACAAUGAAGACACUGCAUCUGAACCUGUGCUUCCAGCUGCUGAGCUCCUAGCACAUCAAAUCGAGCUAGAGCAGGCAGUUGAAAAUAUUGCCAAACUUACAGUAGAGCAACCUCCUCGACCAUAUAAGGAGGCAGCUUCAGCACAACCCCCCACGUUGCCUCCUGCAGUGUCUGAGCCGCAAGGUGAGGUUGAAGACGAAAAGCGAACUAACCCUUCAAGUGAAACAGAACUCGCAGCUGCUAUUGACUCAAUCACAGCUGAAGAAGCAUGUACAGAUGCAGAUGGCUUCACAGCUCCUCCUACUUUCACGGCUUUAAUUCCCACACCUGAUUCACUGCAGUCUGCCUCCUCCAAUGUUAUGAUGGAACCCGGAACACACAUGGUUAGCAAUAUUCUUGCUCCUGACUCAGAUGAUGGUCUUUCAAUAAGCGGUCCAAAGGGUCUAGUAGCAGAAUCUAAGAUUACUGACGAUUCCCCACGCCCAGAUACACCCAAAAAAAUUGGAAAGGUUAAGGCCAAAACCCAGAAAAAGUCAAGAACUCGUAAAUGUCCAGUAAAUAAGAAAGGUGAAUCUUCUGAAGAGGUAAUGCAUCCAGAGCCCUCUCUGAAACUACCUGAGUCAAUCCCAGAGGACCCAGAAAUCAGAAAUUCCAAGGCAGCAGUUAUUACAACUGGGACGACUGCAGCAGGAUCUGUGGUCACAGCUGUUGCUACAUGUAGAAGUGAUGUUGCAAGCGCUUUAACGUUAGGCACACCCAAAGAGGCAGAACAACCUGAAGUUGAACAGCCAGUUCCUAAAGAAUCAGCCUUUCAUUCCGAUUCAAGCACCAUCUCCAAUUGCAAAAAGCAUUUGCAAGCAGCAGAACCAUCUUCCUCUAGUCUUACCCCUGCACCUGCCCGUAUACAGCCUAUGUCCCAGUCAGGUGUGCCUUUGAUACGACCUGCCAAAAUGCCACUUUCACCAAGCUGGCCUCGAACUGAAGAAAGUAGAAUCUUUGUUGCCCCACCAUGCCAUGUAACAGUGGUAACUUCUUCUCUGCCAGCAUCAACUUCACUUGGACCCUCUUCAAUCAAUCCCCCAAUGCCUCCUGAUACUAAGGCUUCUGAUAUAGAUACCAGUUCCAGUACCUUAAGAAAAAUCCUAAUGGAACCUAAAUAUGUGUCUGCAUCAAACAGUAAUUCUAUACCCAGCACUAUGGUGACAUCUACUCUGUCAGAGACUUUACAGAUGUCAGAAAAUGAAAAUCCAUCUGUUGCUAUGGGUCAAAAGCAUGUGGAGGAGAGAUUGUCGUUUCCCUCUCAGUCUAUACAUCACAAACCUUCUCCACUGACAGAGUCCCAAAAGAAUUGUGGUGAAAACACCCAAAAUACUGUAAUUUCCCCUGCUACCUCAGUGAUAAGUCGCAUUCCAAUACCUUAUGAUACAGAUGAAACUCCACGGAUUUCCCUUAGUAGUCGAAGCAUGUGUCAGUCUUUGCCCAAGCAAAAAUUCAGAGCAAAUUCGAAUGAGAAUAAUCGAUACCAUGGCCUAGAUAUAGUUGAAGAUGCAACUAGAGGACGCUCUGUUGUGGAGCCCACCCGCUCACUUCCCGGCCUUAGAGUAAAUACAUCAGAGGGUGUUGUUGUUCUGAGUUAUUCAGGACAGAAGACAGAAGGACCCCACAGAAUGAGAGCCAAAAUAAGUCAAAUUCCUCAAGCCAGUGCUGGGGACAUAGAGUUUCAGCAAUCUGUGCCUAAAUCUCACACAAAGCAAGACACGAUGGUAGUGUCGUCACAGUCACCCAACGUAAAAGUGCCCCCAAGUUCAUCUGCUUAUGGGCAUACCGGGAUUCUUUUGAGCAAUCAGUCUUACAACUCUCAACCUGUCAUUUCUAGCACCAAGCAGGACAGUAGAGGAUGUGACAAGCCUGAAGUUUUAUAUCAUACAGCAUCGCCGGGCAGUGUAGUUAAAAUGUUUCCACAACCGGUUUCUUCUCCUCAAGUCUUAGUGUACAACCAAGCUGUAAUACAACAGCAGCAUGGAAAAAGACCGGGAACAGAGGCGCUACCAAAAAAGAUAGAUACUGGCAAAUCUGUCCAACAGUCUAACCUCAACCCUGUCAAGAGUCCUCAUCGUCCCGCACUAUCUGGAUCACGUAUUAGCUCCAGCCCUGGCACGCCAAUUGAUUGCUCAGCUCUACACCUAAAACAAGAUCCUCAGUCCCCACAAACUGUUCACCCCUCCUCACCUUUUGGAAAAGCCUGUACUCCUAGCAGUUCGCCAGGAACCUCAGUCGUCAUGGGCCAUGUCAUGUCAAUACCUGCUUAUAGUGCCACUGUGCAUCACCCGCACACAGAACAGUCUUCUGUCAUAAUGCAACCUCAAAGUGUCACCCAGUCCGUGACUCAUGAAGCUAGGAUGAGUGCGGCGCCUGUGCCUGCUAUCAACUAUGGAAGGCGAAGUAAUUCACUGUCCUCUCUGCAACACUCAGGCAUCUCUCAGUCUGUUGUCAUCAGGCAGUCUCAUUCAACUUCCCAAGGGUCAUUGUCAAGUGGUGGUGUAACUGACGAAGACGCCAGACCGUUUAACCAAGCACUCAGCAGACACUCUGUGCCACAGCUCCAAUCAGAUGGCAUGAUGCUUCACAGUGAUCGCAGACGCCGCCAUCCAAGCUUAUGUAUGGACCAAUAUAGAGACAUGCACCAGCGCAUCCUUGCACAUCAGCAACUGGGAGAGCAGGCCGGUGUUGAAACAAGACACACUUCAGAUCCUUCGACAACCUCGUGCAGCAACAUGUCCAGGCCUUCUCAGUGCCCCAUAGUGCGGGAGAGCAGUGAAGUUUCAAGAAAAGAAUCCCACAAACAACUAGAAGGACAGCUGAUCCAUUCGCCUACCAAUGAAAGUAGAAUAAGGGCAGUCCACUCAUCUAGUCCUGUAAUGGUGUCUUCUCACUCCCACGGAAUCCAGUUGAUGCAUCUUGGAAGUGCCGCCUCAUUUCCGGUGUAUCGUGACGCACGGGGCUUCGCUCCGCAAUUAACUGGACAUCCUUCAUCAGGACACAGCCUGGUGAACCAAGGCAGCACAUCUUCACAGAUUCCUGUAGAACCUGAACUGGGUCACAGGCAUAAAAUACCCCAGGCGCUCUUGGAAGUAAGUGACCUCAAGCCCGAGAAUCCCCACCUCCACCAUUCUACCUCUUCUGACAUCCUGCACAUAUCCCGGAUACCAAGGGAGGGAGCCUCACCCUCCUACCAGUCUCCUAUGACCACCACCAUUGGCCUGAAUCAGAAGCCAGAUUUACCGCCACAGAAAGGCCCUCCGGGUUUCUUGACAACACCUCUGCCUGUGGUACCCACAUCAAGUUCGCUGCAGCCACGGCCUGAUGCCAAGACGGAACAUUCAGGACACCGCUCCAUUGACAUGGUGCAGCUUUUGACGAAAUAUCCCAUCAUGUGGCAGGGUCUCUUGGCACUGAAGAACGACCAGGCUGCCGUCCAGUUGCACUUUGUCUCUGGCAACACUUUACUGGCUCAGCGCUCGCUGCCGCCCCUCGAGGGAGGUCCGCUUCUUCGCAUUGUUCAGAGGAUGAGGCUGGAAGCCUCUCAACUGGACAGUGUGGCGCGUCGAAUGACCGUAGACAAUGACUACUGUUUGCUGCUGGCUCUGCCAUGUGGACGAGACCAAGAUGAUGUCCUCAGUCAAACGCAGGCCUUGAAAAGUGGCUUCAUCACCUAUCUGCAAGCCAAACAGGCUGCUGGAAUCAUCAACGUGCCCAAUCCUGGGUCCAAUCAGCCAGCUUAUGUGGUGCAGAUCUUUCCACCAUGUGACUUCUCUGAGAGCCACCUGUCCCGCCUGGCCCCGGACCUUCUCGACAGCAUCUCCAGUAUUUCACCUCACCUCAUGAUCGUCAUCGCCUCUGUUUGAUUACCUCUUUUUUUUUUUUUUUGCCUUUUUCUCAACACCACCAGCCGUCUUGGACUUGUCCACUUUUGUAAACUGGAAUUGCCUCAUAUUUUUUAUGACUUUUUGAAAAUCUCAAUUAAGCAUUUAAUCUUUUUUUGUGUUGGAUCACUUCACCAAGUCCUUAAUUCACUCAGUGGCGUUGAAGUCCAUGUAUAGGACUGAAAAUAAUUUUUAAGACCAUUUCUGGUUGAAUAUGUCAAUGUAGACAAUUUUUUAAUGUGUUGUGCAAAGCUUUUGGAUUUUUUUCCUCCUUCGUAAUUUUUUUUAAACAGAUACAAGAGGAGUCAUUGCACUAUGUAAAAGAAAAACUGUGAAGUGUGUACAGAUUUGAGUGCCAUGUCAUAGUGUAAGGAAAGAUGGUGACUCGUUUCAGCUGUUUUUGUUGUUCUUUAUGGCCAAGUGUUCCCUGCCCCCAUUGCGGAUGGGAGGGGGGUCUUUGAUGUUGUACAGUUUACAAUCAAAACCUCAUCAAGGGGACUCCAGAUUAAUAUUUGUUUGCAGCAUCUUAUCGUUUUACGUGGGUCAUUGUGCAACUGUAAAUAUGAUCAAAUAUUUAAAAGACUGAUGCAAUGUUUAGAGACCAAUUUAUUAUUUUACAAGGAAGCAGAUCCUCAAAUAUACAUUUUUCGGGGGGAAUUGAUGUAUUGACAAAAAAUAUUUUUUAAAUUAUGUGCCAAAAUGUUUGUGCUCUACAUAAACUAUUUUAAUAUGUGACUUUGUAUUUUGUCCAAUGACGUGCACACUUGAUUCCUUUUUUGGGGAGAGGAAUGUAGGAGAUUUUGCUUUUACGUUUCUGUUUUUGCUGCUGUUUUUUCUUUGGUACUCUGCUGCCCCCUACUGUGUGAACAUCACCCCCUCUAAAUGUGAGGCCUGUGUCCUAAAAGCCAAGCUUCAUUGCAGAUGUGCUUUUUUUUUUUUUUUUUUUUUUUUUUAGCUCUUUAAAGAGUAAAUCCUAAAAGGCAACGAAUGUGACUUGAACUUGACUUCAUGCCGCUAUUGGAUGUGUUUACUGUGUCCCUGUACAAGUUGUAAAUACGUCAGUCCUCAAUGUGUGUUCAUUUUGUUUGUCUGCCCUUCAGGGUCCUUCUUUUUUGUUUUGUGCAACAAAACAAAGCAGUGUGAAAGUGACUGCAGGGAGGGUGUUGCAGUAUGUGAAACCGAUGCUGAAAGUAAAAAUAUACACUGCUCAAAAAAAAUGAAGGAAACACUAAAAUAACACAUCCUAGAUCUGAUAGAAUGAAAUAUUGUUAUUAAAUAUUAUGUUCUUUACAUAGUUGAAUGUGCUGAAAACAAAAUCACACAAAAAUUACCAAUGGAAAUGAAAUUUAUUAGUAUUAUUAUUUUGACUAUUAUUGGGGGUGUCUUGCUGUUCACCAGUCGUCUAUUCCAUUUGCACAACAGCAUGCGAAACUGAUUGUCAAUCUGUGUUGCUUCCUGAGUGGACAGUUUGAGUUCACGGACGUGUGAUUUUUCUGAUUUUGACUUUGUGAUUGAUUAAGUGUUCCCUUUAUUUUUUUGAGCAGUAUAUAUAUAUAUAGGAACAUGUUUGUUCAGUUUUGUGGCACUAAUAGUUUUGAUGACUGCAGGCUGAAUACUAUCAUUAUUUAAAGGCACUUACCUUUUUUUUAAUUAAAAAAAAGAAGAAAAAAAACAGUGAUUGAUAUGAAAACAAGUCUUUUUUGAUCAAUCAUAAUUUGGGUGUAUUUUUUGCUGCUCCUCCAUGAGGACAUUUUUAACUGUAAAAUAAUUUUGUUGUUAAACUUUCUUCUGAAGAUCAUUAAAUGGUCCAUUACGCUGUC